AUGUCCAACCUAUACAGAAGGAUAAAUGUUGGUUCACGGUUUCAAGCAGAGAUCCCCCCAGUGCGGGACACGCUGUACAUGCUGUAUGAAGAACACCCCGCUCAACUUGUCUGGACUCCUUGGAAAGAUCUCUCUACUAACACAGAAACACAACAGAGGGUCAAAGAGCUGUUAGACAUGUGCUGUUCCAGUUUGCUACCAGGAGGAGGCACCAACCUUGAAUUCGCUCUCCACUGCCUUCAUGAAGUUCAGGGAAACAUAAUGGCAGCACUGGAUUUAAUCUUAAUAAGAGGAGAUUUUCGGACCACCUGGCACCCUCUGAAUGAUUACCACUACACAGGGUCAGACCACUGGACAGUGCAAGAGAUGAAAGUGUUCAAGAAAGCUCUGGUUGAACAUGACAAGGACUUUCAACAGAUUCAUAAUGUGAUGCAGACAAAAUCAAUAGCCCAGUGUGUGGAAUAUUACUAUAACAUGAAGAAGCUGAAAAAGUUCAAGCAAUGUGUCCGAGCCUCAAAUAAAAAGGAUGAAGGUGGAGAGAUCUCUGCAUUCAAAUUCUCAGAAGAGCACAAGCCUUAACAGAUCAUUUGGAACACAGGACAGAAGACAACAACUGCUCAGAAGGUGUGAAGAGCCACAGUUCCCCCUCAGGUCAGAGCAGAAGACUAAAGUGAACUCAAUUCCAAUCAGUAUUUCAUAAAAAUCCUUUAUGAAGUGCUGAAGUGUGUUUUAAACUACAGUAAAUAAUCAACACAUUGUCCAGCGAUUAAUAUGGACCUUUAAAUUAGGCAUACAUUUUAUCAAAAAUACAAUUCUCAUCAAAAGAACAGACAGAUUAAACUAGUUUUUGUUGUUCACAUUUUAAGAGGUGCACAAGGCACUAAAGUUAGUUGUAUUUGAUGUUUUUAAAAUGUACCAGAGGUGAAUUUAAAAUGACAGGGUUUCAUAAAAAGGAUUUCUUGGUUUUUAUUUUCAGUAUUUGUUCAACUGUUUGACAAAUUUGUGUUCAAAAUGUUCUCUCAGUUCAGAUUUGUCACUACCAAUCCUUACAAACCUACAUAGUUUUACAAUUCUACUUAUUUUCCUUUUUCCAUUUAUUAUCUACAAUCCAUUUAACCUAUAAUAAGGUUAUUAAAUUGCCAUGCCAUUAAAACAGCUGAUGAUGUCAAUGCAUAACAUGUUUGCAUUGUGUGUGGUUGUCUAAGCAUUACUUUGUUGUUCUAAUAGAACAAAUGUUUUCUAGUAUUGUUAAGUAUGUUAUACAAAAUAAAUGAGAACUGAAAAACACAAUUUUUCCAUUGGUUAUUCACAGACUCUGGAAUAUUUCAUAGGACACUUUAAUCUGAACAUGCUACUGAUAGAAUACAUUGUACAUUUUUACUGUUGCAAGUAUGAAAAAGAUAACUAACACCUCAUUUGGAUGUACAUAAUAUCCCCCAUAAGUAUAAAGGAGGAAGUGGUAACGUUGAAAUGCAUGCAUGAGGUUAACAGUGCAUUCCAUGUAAUGCCUACAACACUGUAAAGUAACAAUAAUAUUGCAACACUAACAGUAUAUGCUGAACGAAUCAAUAAUACAACUGUUACUUUCUGGCCUGGAAACUGAUUGACCAAAUUUGAUAUGAGGUGUUCCAUAAGAUCAAAGUUGGCCUGAUAUCUGUACAGCAGUGAUUUUCUAUGACCAAAUCACAGCCGCGCUGACAUUCAGAACAGCAGCAUGGUUGUUCAUAUUGCGUAAUUAAGUAAUGCUUUAGAGACAAGUUAAAAAUGUAGUAAAACAGAUUUAGGCAACAUUUAGUAAAACAUCUACAUAAGUCACAAGACAAUG